ACCGAGCAGCUUGCGCUGACAGCUCGCACUGACGCUUGCCGAAACGACAUGCUCGACAGCGAUAGCAUGACCUGCUCGCGGCCUGAUAAUAAAUAAUCCUGACAUCAGUGGCAAAGACAUGAAGAACUCAAAGGGGCCCUUGUCUCUGGCCGGGCCCCUCGCUACCAACACGAUGAAGGGCAAGUUUGGUGGCGGUAUGCCAAUUGCAAUCCCAAAAAUGAAAGCACCGGGCAAGGCGGCUGGAGAUUCACAAGCGAAAGCAACCGGGUUCGAUGACGACUUCCCGUUGCCAAAGCCGACGCCCUCGCCAGCGCCUCGUCCGCAUAACAAGGAGAACAGCUCACCGUUGCCAGUAUCAUUGCAAGUAGCUGCGCUAGCGACGAAGCGGCCUGAUGUCAAGGAGCCUGCGGUCAAGCCGCCGGCAGCAAAGCCCCGGGCAGCAGCUGUCGCCGCCGCGCCCAGAAUCCCACCCGUGCCACCUGCUCCAGCGUUGGAUCCUCCAGCAGCUGCGGCGAAGGAUCUACAGGAGGAGGAGCCAGCGCAGAAGACAGAGACCGCGCCCGCACGUAAGCCAGCCGCAGCGCCGAAGCCCGCACGGGAGGCACAGCCCCCCGCCGGCCGCGCUGCCGGCCGUAAGCGGGCUGCGGGUGCCCUGGAGGAGGAGGCUGAGGCCACAGCAGCCAAGGGGCAGCAGGAGCAGUUACCGGAACAACAGCCGGAGCAGCGACGCAGCGCCCGGACCGAACGGCGGGAAGCGCCAGCCACUGCUCCUGCCGCCGAGGGUGCAAAGGAAGACGGCGGCGAAGAUGAGGACGCCGGGCAGGCAGCGGCACCGGCCGCUCGUGGCGCCAAGGCGGCGCCAAAGCAGCAGCAGCCGGAGCCGCGGCCAGCCGAGCCCGGCCGCCGCCGGCCUCCUGCGCCACCAGCCCCCGCUGCAGUCGGCGGUGGCGGCGCUGCCGCCGCCCGUGCCGCCUCCCGCCCCGCCUCACGCGCCGCGUCGCGCCCCGCCUCCCGCCCGGCCUCGCGGCCUGGUUCCCGCCCUGGGUCGCGGCGCAACAGCCAAGAGCCCAUGAACGGCGAGGAGACGUGGGAGUUCAACCGGCGCUUGGCUGUGCUGGCUGAGAGCCUGGUUGACCCGGCGGACCUCAAGCCGCGGAACAAGCGGUUCAAGAGCCCCACGCUGCAGGAGAAGCUGCACCAGCAGUGGGGCGGGACGUACGGAGACCGGCUGGAGCGGGAGCACGGCGGCGGCAGUGGCGUUGGAGAUGACGACGCGCCACUGCCCGACUACCAGCCACCCGUGUUCAAGGAGGAGCUCAGCGAUUCGGAGAUGGAGGAUGCGCCAGUGCCGGUGGUGCGCGGCGCAGUAGCGGCAACAGUGCAUGCAGCGCCCAUGCCUGCUACAGCCAAUGCUGCACGCGCCACGGCUGGCGAGGCGGAUGCCGGGUCGCCGGAGGUCGCCGCGGUGGAGGCCGAGGCGCCUAGGACUACUCGGCGGCGCGCGGCGGCCGGGUCCGGGAAGGGAGCGGCUGCAGCUGCAGGCGCGAAGGCGCAGGCCGGCGCAGCGGGCAGCGGCGGCAGGAGGGGCGCGGCAGCAGGGCGGCGGCGCGGCGCGGCAAGCCCUGCUACCGAGGAGGAGGCGAAGGGCCGGGAGGCCGUGGAGGACGCAGCAAUCGAGGUCGCUGCUGGUGCAGGCGAGGCGAACGAGGCGGCGGCAGCGGAGGCAGCGAGCCCCUCCGAAUCAGGAGAGCAUGCCGCAGCGGAAGAGGCUGCCGUCGAGGAGCAAGAGCCCCAGGGCCCCAAGGUGGCGGCAGCAGGGCGCAGGGGCGGGCGAGGCGGCGGCGGCGGCAACAGCGGCCGCGCAAAGGCGGCGGCAGCGGAGCCAAGUGAGCGGGCGGCCGGCGCUGCGGCUGGAGGCCCCAAGCCCCGGGCACCCCCAAGGCGCCGAGGCCGCGGCGCCAGCGCGGACCCCGACGAAGCCGCAGACGUCGCGGCCGCUUGCGUCGGCGUGGGCACAGCCGGCGACGGCGAUGCUGACGACGAUGAAGCGGUAGAGGCUGCGGAGGCCGCCGACGAGCCGGCAGCCCUGCCCGCGGCGGCCGCGCCCGCACCCACCACGGGCGUGCGCACUCGGCGGAGCCACCUGCCCCCCUCCGUGAGCUUUGGGGUGGCUGCCGCCGGCGGCCGCAAUGCGCUCUUAGCCCUUGCGUCUCCAGACGCCACGGCCGCGGCCGCUGGCGCGGCCGACGGCGACCCCGCCGGGCCCGCAACGGCGACGGCAGCUGCAGUCGGCAAGCGGUCUCGUGAGGCUGCUGCUGGCGCCGCUCCCGCUGCUGCCGCGGCGGGGGCGGCGGGUGGCGGCUGUGCUGCGGGGGCGUCUGAACGCGCAGCCAAGAUGCUGAAGACGGAGAACGAGCAGCUCAAGCAGCGGCUGGCCGAGAUGGAGGCGCGAGACAAAGAGCGCAUGGAGGAGAUGCGCGCACUGCGGGCGGCGGCAGAUAAGGUCGAAAAGAAGCACACGGCAGCGGCGCGCGAGUUGCGUGAUGCGCUAGAGGCGGCGCGGAGUGAGGUGGAGAAAGCCAGGGCCGACAACGUCAAAACGUCGGCAAUGCUGACGGACAGGGACAGGGCGAACAAGGAGUACAAGGCCGAGGUCACCAGGCUCAAGGAGGAGUUGAAGGAGGCCAAGGGGCGCGCCGCGCAGGCACAGAGGCAGGGGGAGGAGGUGGCCAGGACCUGGCUGCAGGGCGUGGCGGCGCAGCAGGUGGCGGCGGAGGCGGCGAUGCGCGGGCUGGGCCUCGCGCUGGGUGGCAAGCCGUAGCACGGCGGUGUGCGGUCGCAUGGUGUAUGGCUGCUGGUGCUGGGUGCGGCUGGGUGCAGCGGUGGCUGUGCUGAAAAGGGAAAACAUACGCUGUGGCUGUGUGUCCGGAUCUUGGGUUGCCGUGCUGAAUGGGGCGCAAGUAAGGGGGCGGUCUGAUGAAGGUGGGGACACGCCAUCCGCAGUGGUGCAGUGUAGAGGUGUGACACCGGCGCGCAAUGCCAUCACGGCGCAGUGGUUGUGGCGCGGGCAAGGUAUGAAAGGAGCUCAGGGAUGCUAGGGUGUACGCGAGUGUAUGCCUGCACGUGUCUCCGCACGUGUCUCCGCAGCACUGGGCGAUGAGGUGGCACGCUAGGCCGCGCAGGCACGGGCUGGCAUACCGCCGAACGGUUUAAUACACCCGCGGGCUGGGGCUCUGACACACCUUGCAGGAGGACCAAUCUGGGUCAGGUGAGGAAUGGGAUAAGGAAAGCCGUGUA